CAUCAAACCAACCAAGCUUCACUUUCACUUGAACAGUGAAGGCAGAAUUGCGUCGCACCCUAAACCUUGGCCGAUGCGCAAACAUUUCCCUCCAUCCCGCCAGACAGGAACAGUUUAUCAACCAAGUCCCCGCUUACAAGCAUAUUCCCGACACACCUCGACUGUUUCAAAUGCCCGAUGAACAUGAUACCUGAGUGAGAACACUGAAGGACGAUAGAGUCGUCGCAUCGAAUUUGGCCGAAAAGAUGGAGUUUGCCAACGAAUCUCCCCGUGAUUUUGCUGGCUCAGCACCUUUCCCGGAUUUCAUGAACGACCCAGCUUACGACACGAACCACAAAGGAAAAGAGAGGGAGUUUGACGAACCGGACACCUGUCGGAUAUGUCGUGGGGAGGGAACCCCGGAAGAGCCGCUCUUUUAUCCCUGCAAAUGUAGUGGGAGCAUCAAGUUCGUCCACCAAGCUUGCUUGGUAGAAUGGCUGUCCCAUUCGCACAAAAAGCACUGCGAACUUUGCAAGACACCGUUUCGCUUUACCAAAUUAUACGAUCCCAAUAUGCCACAGAACCUCCCAGCUCCGUUGUUCUUCAAACAAAUCAUGAUUCAUAGCUUCCGUACUGUCGUCACAUGGCUCCGUUUUAUUCUAGUCGCAUUUGUCUGGCUGGGCUGGCUGCCAUGGUCUAUGAGAGCGAUCUGGAGGGCCCUCUUCUGGCUUGCAGAUGGUCGUUGGACUGGUGCUGACAACAACCAUCCACCCGGCAUAGACCUCGUUGUAGCGAAUGGCACUACCACCACUAUUAUUCAAGCCGCUACAGGAAUGCCCAGAUCGACGACCUCACAACCCAGCACCGCCGACGUCUCGUCAGUGCAGUCUCCAGUAUCUUCCCUGUUCGGUUUCGCUUCAGGUGAAUCAUUGCUCUUUAUCCUCAUCAAGAAAGCUUUCUCAGCACUUUUCUCCCCUGCAAUGUCUGUCACUGGGUCUACUGGAGCCAAAUCUAAUGUGACUGUCGCAACAUACAAUCCAAGACGUCCCUCAUGGUUAUCCGACGUCAAGUUCCUGAAUACUCUAACACCGUCUCCCACCAUCAACAACAUCAUCAUCGAUACAUUGGAGGGCCAGCUUAUCACUUUACUUGUCGUUACUACAUUCAUCCUGAUCUUUCUCAUCCGGGAAUGGGUCGUACAGCAGCAGCCCAUGGCUAACUUUCCCGAGGGAGAGCGCGAAGCAGCUGUUCAGCUCAUAGCGAAUAACCGUCAGAAUCAGCCGGUAGAGAAUGUGGAGCCCGCGGAAGAUGCUGCUUUGCAACCACAUGAUGCCGAGUUGGACGCCGAAGAUCACGAACCUGCAGAAGAUGACUUCGAUCGUGCCUUUAAUAUGCCGGCAAGCCCCGCGGUUGACUUGGAUCAAUUCCCUAGAUCAUCGCCGUUCCACCCCGAGAGUCGUGGUGGCCUAGAAUAUUCUGAGUCCCAAGGCCUUGAACCUUCGCGAUCGUUCCAAAACAACGUUGAAAGUGACGGCGAAGCGGAGUUGGACUUCUCACCCGAGCAGCCAUACGCUCAGACUUGGCCUGGUGUGGAUACCUUUAGAGACCUCUGGGACCGGGGCCAGGGCGAUCCCGAACAGGUCUUGAGAAUUGUACGCGAUGAAGGUCGCCAGAAUGACCUGGGUUGGAUUGUCAAUGCUAUGAGCAAGGCCCAGCGUAACGAAGACCGCCAAGACCAAUGGAGACGGGACCAGCCGCUUGAAGCAUCUUCCAGCACUCACUUCGAUACUGGUAUGACUCAACCUGACGAUGCUUCAGCCCCGGAACAAUUUGACGAUGAUCGCGCCUUAUCAUCAGCAAGUACCCGGCCCUGGAGCUUCGCAGAGGCGGUUCAAGGCAAUGCAGAUAUCGACAGACUAGAACGGCACCCGGACUUCGAUGGCUUCCGAUCCAAUUCUUAUCACGCCACCGAGCGUGAGCCUCCCCAAGAGACCACACUCCCAACCAUUGAUGCGCCGCAGAUGGGUGAUCAGACUAGUGCCACGAACUCUAACCAGGCUGAUCCCGUCAAUGAUCACGAACAGUCAAGAAACCGCUCAAGUGCGACUGAAGCUGUUCGGCCUAUCGAUGCUCACCACAAAAGCUUUGUUGCUUGGCUGCUUGAUUGGUUUUGGGCAGAUGUUGGGACUAAUGACCAAGACCAUGACCAGGACCAGGCUCAAGAUGACGACGAACAAGUAAUAGUUGACCCUGAGUUGGAGGCACCAUUUGUCCCUAUUCAGAAUAACAGACGUCUUGCUGAGGAUGGUGCACAAGAUAACCAAGGACCCAUGCAGGACCUGGACGUCGAUGGCAAUGACCUCGAUGCGGUGGAAGAUGGCGAAGAUCUAGAGGGAAUCCUCGAGCUCAUUGGUAUGCAGGGCCCAAUCUUCGGUCUUCUUCAGAACGGUGUAUUCAGCGCCCUUCUGAUCUCUUUCACGGUUGCAAUUGGUAUCUGGCUUCCCUAUCUUUGGGGCAAAAUCGCCCUUGUCCUCCUGGCGAACCCAGUGCACCUGAUUGUCGGUGUACCUAUGACUGCUAUAUCCGUCGUCGCAGAUGUGGCGCUUGAUACUCUUAUCGGUAGUUUGGGCUACAUAUUGUGGCUGGGCAGCCUGAUCUGCGAGACAUUGCUUGGGCCAUUCAGUGCAUUUGCUCCAGUGGCCGAUUGGAUCCCCAAAGCCAAGUCCGUCACCAGCGCGUCGUUAUCGCUCAUUGAUGCCAGUGAGUCCCGUCUACUGAACGCCCUCCAAUCGUUUUUCGUGUUUCACGAAUCCGACGUCCCUAUGUUCUCCGUACUCUCGCACCACGCCCUCAAAAUUCAUCAGGCGCGCAUCUCCUUUUUUAUUGGAACAGUCUUCUCCGUCGGCAAAUUCAUUUUGCAGGACUUCCCCCUACGACUGUUGAAUGACGGGCUUCCCGGAGCCUUGUCUUUUGGUCGCGAGACCCUCGACUUCAGUGUUCUGAUGAAACAAGCACGCGACCAGAUCUACAGUCUUGGGAGCCGGAUUCUUUAUACCUCAAAUGGGACAAAUCUCUUCAUGGCUAGCGUAAACGGAACCUCGCCUAAUGGCAUCAGCAUUUCCCACGAAUUAGCCGUUUGGGAUACCAAGGACCGGGCCAUUGCCAUUCUGCUGGGCUAUGUACUAGCAUCGGUCGUUGGAUUACUCUACCUCCGUGUAACGAAUCUUCUCUCGGGCGCGGAGCGUCGCCAGAGGGUUGAGGGCCUCAUCGCGGACGUGAUACAUCAGGGUGGCGGGGUUUUGAAAGUGAUUCUCAUUAUUGGGAUCGAGAUGAUAGUGUUCCCAUUGUAUUGUGGCUCUCUACUCGAUGUUGCGCUGUUGCCCUUGUUCGAGAAUGCUACCAUCGCAUCGCGUCUUGAGUUCACGGCCUCCUCGCCCUUGACAUCGCUUUUUGUGCAUUGGUUCAUCGGCACUUGCUAUAUGUUCCACUUUGCUCUUUUCGUUUCGAUGUGCAGAAAGAUCAUGAGGAGUGGCGUCCUUUACUUUAUCCGCGACCCUGAUGAUCCAACCUUCCACCCUGUGCGCGAUGUCUUGGAAAGGAAUAUUACAACCCAGUUGCGCAAAAUCGCAUUCAGUGCCCUAGUGUAUGGCGCGCUGGUCGUUAUCUGCCUUGGAGGUGUGGUCUGGGGUUUGUAUUAUGGCCUAGAUGGCGUUCUCCCAAUCCACUGGUCUGCCACCGUCCCUGUACUGGAGUUUCCCGUCGACCUGUUGUUCUACAAUUUCGUGAUGCCAUUCGCUAUUCGAUCUCUCAAGCCAUCUGACGGGUUACAUGGGCUUUACGAUUGGUGGUUUCAUAAGUGUGCUCGCUUCUUACGCUUGACCAACUUCUUUUUUGGAGACAGACAGCCGGAUGAAGAAGGUCGCCAUGUCGGACGGAGCUGGUGGGGACUGUUCUCACCCAAUAUGGAAAACCCCCCAGCCAGCGGAACCGAGGCUGCAGACAGUGAUGAAAAGUCUGACAGCACAUCAAUUGUUCGUGACGGCAGAUUUGUACGGGCUCCUGCUUCGGAUCAGGUCCGCAUUCCCAAGGGCAAUAAGGUGUUCGUGGAGGUGACCGAGAACAAUGAGAGGCUGGAUGGAGUGCCAGACACGGAUCAGGGAUUGCACGGCCGGGCUAAUGAGAUGUUCACGAAAGUCUACGUGCCUCCAAACUUCAGAACCCGGAUUGCGGCCUUCAUUCUACUCAUCUGGGUGUUUGCUGCAGCUACCGGUGUAGGCAUCACUAUUCUUCCCCUGAUUAUUGGUCGGAAAGUCAUGAAUUCGAGCUUCCCCCACCGGCCAUUGAAUGAUAUCUAUGCCUUUUCAACUGGCUUGAGCAUUGUCGGUACUGCUGCCUACAUCGGCUUUUACAGUCGGACCUUCUUUGUUAGGGCCAAAGAGCGGUUGAGUCUCUAUCUGCAAUCUCCCCAGCAGGUCUUCUUCGGGAUCAAGAAUGCGCUUCAUGAUGUCAUCCGACUGCUAUACGUCUUCAUUGCGUUCGCAGUCGUGUUACCAUCUGCAUUCGCUCUGGUCAUGGAACUCUACCUUCUAGUGCCCGUGCACACCUAUCUUGGAGGCCCACAGGCGCAUGUGAUCCAUUUCGUUCAAGACUGGACACUUGGCGUCCUCUAUGUCCAGAUGGCCGUCAAAUUUGUAGGGUGGAACCCUAGAUCCCGGCAGGCUGCUGCGCUCAAUGCCAUUUUCAGGGAUGGAUGGCUGAAGCCUAACGCCAAAAUCGCAACGCGGGGUGUCUUGCUCCCCGUCACUCUCUUCACCGUCAUUGCUGUCUUGGUACCACUUUCCAUGGGAUUUGCAAUGAACUCGACUAUCCUCUCUGGUACACCGGAGGCGCAGUUCAAGGUGUACCGCUAUGCGUAUCCGGUGACCCUGAUGUUGAGUUUGAUUGCGUGGCUCGUCUAUUUGGUACGCCGUCAAGUGGAGGUUUGGAGGGUGAAUAUCCGCGAUGAUGUUUACCUCAUCGGCGAGCGGUUGCAUAACUUCCGUGACAAGCGAGCUCGAGACGUUAGGGGUGUCUCUCGGAGAGUCAUCACCGGGUGAUCCUGAUCAGGCAUCAGCCAUGCAAAAGUGAUCUAGGCUCCCGUCCUUUCGAGCGCUGCGCACUCUUCUCUCGAGAAUCAUUCUCGUUCUGUUCGUUGUACAUCAAUUGCGUUUGAUAAAUAGAUAUUUUAUGAAGAAGAUCUUUC